AUGUCAUUGACAAACGCUUCUCCGGUGGACGCUGCACAGUCAGCCAAGAGUGCAUCCCACAUUCUUGCAACGCUGCCUGCAUCGGCACGAAAUGAAGCACUGACAGCGAUCCACUCCGGCCUCACGGCGGCGCGGGACGAGAUCCUGGCAGCCAAUGCCCGGGAUCUCGAGCUCGCCCGCCAAGCAGCAUCGAAUGGAGAGCUGAGCCAAAGCUUGGUGGCUCGAUUGGAUUUGAACAAGAAGGGAAAGUGGGAGGAUAUGUUGAAGGGCAUCCUGGAUGUUCGAGAUCUAGAGGACCCUGUUGGCAAGGUCACGUUGAGGACGAAACUCGAUGAUAACCUGGAGUUAGAGCGAGUCACUUGCCCAAUUGGUGUCUUGCUCAUCAUCUUCGAGGCGCGUCCUGAGGUCAUUGCCAAUAUUGCCUCGUUGGCAGUCAAGUCCGGCAACGCCGCAAUCCUGAAGGGUGGAAAGGAAUCCACAGAAUCCUUCAUUGCCAUCUCCAAGGUCAUCUCAGAAGCGCUAGAGAAGACCCAAGUUCCUAACGGCGCUGUUCAAUUGGUCACAACAAGGGAUGUCAUCCCACAACUUCUUGACUUGGAUAAGUAUAUCGAUCUGGUCAUUCCGCGGGGAGGUAACGAACUUGUGCGGUAUAUCAAGUCAUCGACGAAGAUUCCUGUUCUAGGUCACGCAGAUGGAUUGUGCUCCAUCUUCCUAGAGCAAUCAGCUGAUCCCAAGAUGGCGGCCGGCGUGAUUGUCGACUCGAAGACUACCUAUCCCGCAGCAUGCAACAGCCUGGAGACCUUGUUGGUACAAGAAAGCGCCUUGGAGACACUUUUGCCUGCAGCGGCGGAAGCACUCAUCGCAAAGGGUGUCACAUUACACUGUGAUGCUAAGAGCAAGGCCGCACUUGCGAACAAGCUCUCCUCGACUGAUUCUGCCAACGUUGUGGAUGCGAAGGAGGUUGAUUACGACACCGAGUUUCUAUCGUUGGAUCUGGCCGUCAAGGCAGUGAGCGACAUCGAGGAAGCUAUUGUGCAUAUCAACACACAUGGCUCCAAGCACACAGAUGCUAUCCUCACCUCGUCUUCGGAUCUUGCCGAGCGAUUCAUGUCGAGCGUGGACGCAGCAGGCGUUUACUGGAACGCACCUACGCGCCUCGCUGAUGGUAUGAGAUACGGGUUUGGAACUGAGGUCGGAAUUAGCACCAACAAAAUCCAUUCUCGUGGACCAGUCGGCUUGGAGGGUUUGAUGAUCUACAAGUACAAGAUCCGUGGCGCUGGUCAACUUACCGCAAACUAUGGAGAAGGCGAAGGCCAGAAGCGGUUCAAGCACGAGAGUUUGCCCUUCUAA